GAGUCUUUCAAGGAUCUUACUCGCGUAAGGUGUAUGGCAGCGAUGAGCCCACGGUGGGGGAACUCUCCAGCGUGCGGCAACUGCAUUUUGAAGCGUCGACAUUGGUCAUCCAAACAUAUCGUGAUAUGGUGUCGCAUGAUUCCACGGAUGGAGCUCCGCUUCGCAAGCUCCCUCUUCCAGAGAAGAGAGCUCGCAAGGAGGCGCAGCAGGCCCGUUUGGCGGGCAUCGAUAUGGAUGGUGAGUUGGAUCCGGCCUAUCAGCUCAUAGAUGCCUGCAAUCACCAGCUUGAGAAUGCUGUAAUCUACUGGUUGGCACCCUCAAAGUGCCCGAAGCGAGAGGUUGAAGUGAUUGCUGGUUUCAAGGAGAAACCAAGCACCCUGCAAGUUGAGAAUAACACUGUGAAGAUUGGGCACCCCGGGCCCACUGUUGAGUGUGACACUUCAGAGAUUUUCCUUAUGAUGUCGCAGGAAGGCCUCCUUUCUUUCAAGCCGGGUGCUUCAGGCAAGCCGCCUUUGGAUGCAGUGAUGACUCGUCUUUCAUUUGACGUUCGAGUCACUCAGUUCUUGCUUCCGAUGCAGAAAGGUCAGGUGGCAAAGGCUCCAAAUCCUCCCAAGGAUCCAACUAAGGAUGACAAGCAGCUGCCACCGCCUAAGAUUCCCAGGCUUGCUACGGAGAAAGCCAAAGCAAAGGCCAAGGCGAGGGGAGGGCCGAAGAACAAGCCGGCUAGCCUCGCUCAGUUUGACACCCGGACCAAGUUCGGCAAUGCGUGCUGGGGUUUCAAUCUUGAAGAUGGCUGUUCCAACAAGACCGAGAAGGACUCUAAGUCAGGUUGGAUGCGCUGUGAAAAGGGCUUUCAU